AUGACACAAGACAUGAAUAAAGCCAAGAGUGGUAACUCGGAACGCGUGGGCACUCAUGAGCCUGUCGUCCUGGGCAAACCUGAUGAUGCUGCUGCUGCCGCCGCGGAGCACACAGACAUAGCUCAUGGCUUAUAUUUGCAGUCUUUGCUAAUGGACCCCGACGAGAGAGACAUGCUGGCAACGCGAGUUCGACGAAAAAUUGACUUGACCUUGCUUCCUUUUAUGGCCCUCGUUUCUCUGCUGUCGUACAUGGACAAGGGCACGCUCAACCAGGGCAGUGCCUACGGUCUACGCGCCGAUCUCCACAUGAGCCUCCCCCAGUACUCGCUCGUCGCCUCCGCGGCGAGCAUCGGCUACCUCCUCGGCUGCUACCCGUGCAACCUGCUCCUGCAGAAGCUCCCCAUCGGCAAGACCGUGGCCGUCUUCAUCCUCAUCUGGGGCAUCCUACUCGUGGCCGCCACCGGCGUCCGUGGCUUUGGCGGCCUCAUGGCCCUGCGCCUCCUCCUCGGCUUCUUCGAGUCCUGCGUGGGGCCGGCCUGGAUGCUCACCACGAGCAUGUUCUGGACGCGAGACGAGCAGGCGCUGCGCAUGUGCAUCUGGCUCGGCUGCAACGGCCUGGGCUCCAUCAUCGGCGCCGGUCUAUCCUGGGGCCUGGGCCAUACGCACAAUCCCCACCUGAGCCCCUGGCAGUUGAUCUUCCUGACAAUGGGAGUAAUUUCCAUCUUCAACGGCCUAGUGGCUUUCUGGUUCCUGCCGUCGAGCCCUCUCGACUUUGUUCUCUUUUCCGAAAAGGAAAAGAUAGCCUCUGUAUGGCGAGUGAGGCACAAUAAAACGGGCGUCAAGCAUGCCAAGAUCAUCCCUCGUCAGAUCAAAGAGGCGAUUAUGGAGCCCCGCGUCUGGUUGAUUGCAGGCCAGCAAAUGUGUGUCGGCCUCAUCAACGGCGGGUUUGGCAACUUCCUGAGUGCUCUACUUUCUGGCUUCGGCUACGCGCCUCUAUCAGUGACACUAUAUCAGAUUCCUAACGGCGCAUUUCAGUUUGUGAGCACCGUGGCAGCCGGAAUCUUCGUCUCCAGGGUGCCCAACACCAAGAUCAUCACGUCCCUCGUCGUAUACAUUCCUCCCGUGGCCGGUGUCAUUGGCAUCGCCACAAUAUCACUCCAGCACCGCAUGGCGCUGACAGCCUGCUGUUGGCUCCUCGACGUUGGCGGCGCUGCCCUCAUACUGAACUGGUCGAUUGUGGCUGCCAACUUUGCGGGCCACACCAAGCGCACCACGGUCAAUACCAUCAAUUUUGUUUUUUACGCCACAGGCAGCAUCGUCGGACCCUUCAUGUAUCGUCCCUCCGAGGCGCCUCGAUACAUGACGGCCAUCAGGUCUCUGAUUGGCGUGUACGCAGCUCUUGUCUCCUUUACCGCCUGCAUUGGGCUCAUCAUGUGGCGAUCAAACAAAAAAAGAGACGCCGAAGCACCAUCUGACAAUGAUUUUGAGGACACAGGUGAUGAGUCGGGCUUCUUGGAUCUCACAGACCACGAAAACCGUGCAUUUAGAUAUACGCUGUAG